AAACAAUGUAAGAUAUAAAUUGCCACCUAAGAUUUUAAUAUGUUGUGUCGUGUUUUAUUUGUAAGAAAGCUUGUGGUAUAUCACGAAUCAGUAUAAAUGAUCAAACGUUGAUAAUUAUCAAACAUGAAUAAAACCGACUGUAAGUUGCUUCAAGUGUUUGAAGAUUUACAUAUUGAGAUAGGACAAGUAAGUCCUAAUACAAUUAAAGCAUGGUUUGAUAGCAAUGACGAAGCAUUAAAUGAUAUGCUAAAUUGGAUGUGUACUUCAUUGUCAACAAGUAAUUAUGUGGCUGUACAGGAAUUGGAUGAAUUUUCAGAAAUUACCGAACAUCUAAAAGAUGACAACUUGGAGAGAGAAAUUGAACGGAUCAAUGAGGUUUAUCCAGGAAUAUUUGAUCUCAAAGAUAAUUUGCUUGCAAUUGAAAUUCUGAUGGAUAAAUAUGAAAUGUACAAAGUUGCCAAUGAAAAAGCUGAUAUGUUAAUCGGCCAAUAUGAAAUCGCAUACCAAAAAUCAAAGGCUGACUUAACUGCUGCAACAUUGAUGGAGACUGAAUUAAAUCUAAAAUAUGGAAAUGCUCUAGAAAGGUGCCAGACACAAUCUGGCCAACUAGACAGUUUAAAUGGGGAAUUGUAUUAUCAAUUGCACAGAUACAGUGAUAAUAUACUUGAUUUUGAAAUUGGUUCAAAAUUUUUAGGCAAUGUGGAUUUUAGUUAUUCACUAGAUUUUUUGGGUGAUCUGUCUGUUUUUUCUAAGAUCUUCUUAAAUAUAGCAGCAGAGGACACACUUCAUUCAUCUAAUAAUCUCAAUAAAACAUCUAUUUCUGAAUCUCUUGAUGAUGGUUUAUCUAAUGAAUUGUCAAGUCUCCAAGAUAGAAUCUUUAAUUCUCACCAGAACUAUAUGCUUCUAAAAGUGGAAUGUGGUACACUAAUGGCAGUAGUCAAACAGUUGGGUAAAUUGAGAAUAGAUAAAUUUACAACUGAGGCAAAAGUUUUAGAAAAACUUACCCUUGUAAAAUUUAAUAUGGAUUCUGUUGAUUCUAAAGAGCAACAGAAAAAUGCACUGCUUGAAAUGAUCAAAUCAGUCAGUAAUAAGAUUGCUAAUCAGUGUGUGGAUGAGCCAAAAAUUCACAAUCUAAAACAAAAACUGAAUUCACAAACGGUAACAAUUCAAACAUUAAGAAACAUUCUUGACAGACUAAUAGAAUUGUGGGCAUACUAUAUUAUUAUUCAUAAUUUAUUUGAUUUGGAGAACAUUGGUUUCAGUGAUGGUGAGACAUAUUUGAAGAAAGUAUUUGAAUACAUCACAACUGAUUUAGAAAUGUGUAGCCAGAGAAGUGAAAAGAUGAAAACCACUAUUGCCAAUUAUCAGGCAGAUACGGACGACAGAUUUAAUUUUAUUCUGUCACUAGGAAAGUUAAUGUACGGAAAAAAACUGUCUUUAUCGACAGUAAUCAAAGCUAUGGGUGAAUUUUAUAAAGAACUGCAAUUAACUGAAUACACUUUAUUUGAUAAGCAUUUUGACGAGCAUCAUCAAAUUGCCAUACAAAUGAAAAAUGAUAUGGAGGUGUUAAAGCAGUUCUUAUUUGGUGGACCCACUAAUAGAUUAAUAUGUGUACGUCCUGAUAUAUCAAAUGGUAUUAAACAAGUAAAGAAAAUGUUAGAAAAUCUUGGCAAUUCUCUUCAAAAAGGAAUUACAGAGUCAAUGCGAAUGAAACGUGAGAAGAAAGAUAAAUGGAAGAACCAUGCAAGAUGUCUGUGGAUCUAUUUCUACACAGAUCGUGAAAAACUCCUGUCUGUUUUGGAUGACGUUAGUUGCAACCAUGAGUGAUGGAAAACUGCUUAA